AUCUUGACGGCUGAUCUUGGUUGGGGGCCGUCCCACAUCUAAGGCAGGAAGAUGGUGGCCGCAAAGAAGACGAAAAAGUCUCUGGAGUCGAUCAACUCUAGGCUCCAACUUGUUAUGAAAAGUGGAAAGUAUGUGCUGGGGUACAAACAGACUCUGAAGAUGAUCAGACAGGGCAAAGCGAAAUUGGUCAUCCUCGCCAACAACUGUCCAGCUUUAAGGAAAUCUGAAAUAGAGUACUAUGCCAUGUUGGCCAAAACUGGUGUCCACCACUACAGUGGCAAUAAUAUUGAAUUGGGCACAGCAUGCGGAAAAUACUACAGAGUGUGCACACUGUCUAUCAUUGAUCCAGGUGAUUCUGAUAUCAUUAGAAGCAUGCCAGAACAGACUGGUGAAAAGUAAAACACACAACAUUUUUCUUUAAUAAAACAUGGCAGAGCUUGUUUUAAAAAUUGCA